UUUUGUUCGGGGGGGAAAAGACUCCCACUCGAAAUAACCUGAGAAGCUGGCAGGAAGGGAAGCCCCGGACCGUCCGGGAAGGGGGAGGAAGGAGGAGCCGGCUGCGGGUGCUCGCGAGUGCCAGCAACUGCUCCUAUGGCAGUAAGUGAGUGUAAUGUGCCCAGAGCUGGUGGGAAUCAAGCACAGAAGGCUAUUUGCUUAACACACAGAGCAACCGUGUACAGAUAACAACCAGCAACACGGUGCGUGAUGAUUCCAGUAACAGAACUGCGAUAUUUUGCCGACACCCAGCCUGCUUACCGAAUCUUGAAGCCAUGGUGGGACGUGUUUACGGACUACAUCUCCAUUGUAAUGCUUAUGAUAGCAGUGUUUGGGGGCACAUUGCAGGUCACACAAGACAAAAUGAUCUGUUUACCCUGCAAAUGGGUUUCAAACAAUACAUGUCGAGAACCUGCACAACCGCCAAUAAUAGAUUAUCCAAAUGGAUCCCUCCCUCGGCCUUCAGUCUUUCCCCCGUUUUCUGACGAGCCCACGGGCAUCCAAUAUGACUUGGAUCGGCACCAGUACAAUUAUGUGGAUGCAGUGUGCUAUGAGACUAAACUUCACUGGUUUGCAAAAUACUUCCCAUACCUUGUACUUCUGCACACACUAGUAUUCUUGGUGUGUAGUAAUUUCUGGUUCAAGUAUCCUCGGACGAGCUCAAAGCUAGAACAUUUUGUAUCUAUCCUCCUUAAAUGCUUUGACUCACCAUGGACAACACGAGCACUAUCCGAAACUGUGGUUGAGGAAAGUGACCCAAAACAGUCAUUUGUUAAAAUGAAUGGCUCAAUGGCAAAGAAAUCUUCUUCCGCAAGUGAGGACGUGGAGGCCAGCGUACCCAUGUUGCAGAGAACAAAAUCACGCAUUGAACAGGGGAUAGUUGAUCGCUCAGAGACAGGAGUACUGGAUAAAAAGGAAGGAGAGCAAGCUAAGGCCCUUUUUGAAAAAGUAAAGAAAUUCCGCACUCAUGUAGAGGAAGGAGAUAUAGUUUACCAACUCUACAUGAGACAGACUAUUAUCAAAGUAAUCAAAUUCGCACUUAUUAUUAGUUACUCACUUUAUUAUGUUGAUGAUAUAAAAUUUGAUGUGCCUUGUAUUGUGGAUAUUCAGAACCUCACAGGAUACCGCGUGUAUCAGUGUGCUCAUCCAUUAGCCACCUUGUUCAAAAUCCUGGCAUCAUUUUAUAUUAGUUUAGUGAUUGUUUAUGGACUCAUUUGCAUGUACACACUUUGGUGGAUGCUCCGGCGUUCAUUGAAGAAAUAUUCAUUUGAGUCCAUCAGGGAGGAGAGUAGCUAUAGUGAUAUUCCUGAUGUUAAGAAUGACUUUGCUUUCAUGCUGCACCUGAUUGAUCAGUAUGAUCCACUGUACUCGAAACGUUUUGCUGUCUUUUUGUCUGAGGUCAGUGAGAACAAGUUGCGUCAGCUCAAUCUGAAUAAUGAGUGGACCCUGGAAAAACUCCGGCAGAGGAUCAUGAAAAACUCCCAAGAUAAACUGGAACUCCACCUCUUCAUGCUGAGUGGAAUUCCAGACACCAUCUUUGACUUGACUGAAUUGGAAGUGCUCAAACUAGAGAUGAUCCUGGACGUCACCAUUCCCCCAAUCAUUGCCCAGCUUGCCAACCUCAAAGAACUCUGGUUGUACCACACACCGGCAAAGAUUGAGGCACCAGCUCUAGCCUUCUUGCGUGAGCACCUGAAGUCGUUGCACAUCAAGUUUACAGACAUCAAAGAGAUUCCCCUGUGGAUCUACAGCCUGAAGAACCUUGAAGAGCUUCAUCUAACUGGGAAUCUGAGUGCAGAAAAUAACCGCUACAUUGUAAUUGAUGGCUUGCGGGAUCUCAAAUGUCUCAAAGUUCUGAGGCUAAAGAGCAACUUGACUAAGCUGCCGCAGGUUGUUACAGAUGUUGGUGUUCAUCUACAGAAAUUGUCGAUCAAUAACGAGGGUACCAAGCUGAUGGUCCUCAAUAGUCUGAAGAAAAUGGUUAAUCUGACAGAAUUGGAGUUGAUUCGCUGUGAUUUAGAACGAAUCCCGCACUCAAUCUUCAGUCUCCAUAACUUGCAGGAGAUCGAUCUCAAAGACAACAAUUUGAAGACAAUCGAGGAAAUAAUCAGUUUCCAGCACUUGCGGCACCUGGUCUGCCUUAAGCUGUGGUAUAACCACAUUGCCUACAUCCCUAUUCAGAUUGGCACUUUGAACAACAUGGAAAGGCUCUACUUGAACCGAAACAAGAUUGAAAAGAUUCCCACACAGUUCUUCUACUGCCGCAAAUUACGGUAUUUAGAUUUGAGUCAUAACAACCUAACCUCCAUUCCACAGGACAUUGGUUACCUACAGAAUCUGCAAUAUUUUGCGGUCACUGCGAACAGAAUUGAAACCCUGCCACCCGAACUCUUCCAGUGUCGCAAACUCCGGACUCUAAAUCUGGGGAAUAACUGCUUGCUAUCACUACAGUCACGGGUUGGAGAGUUGACCAGUUUGACGCAACUGGAACUUCGCGGGAACCGACUAGAAUGCCUCCCUGUGGAGCUUGGAGAGUGCAGGCUACUCAAAAGAAGUGCCCUUGUGGUGGAGGACGAUCUCUUCAACACACUCCCAUCAGACGUCAAAGAGCAGCUGUGCCGAGCAGAAAAGGAACAAGCCUGAAUUUUAUUUCUACCGCAGAGGGAAAA